UGCUUGGAUUGCGGUCGUAGAGCCAGCAUACUUUCGUUCAUUGAUCUUUUUACAACUCCAGAGCACUGAUUCUUUGUGCUAAUAUCCGAUCGCUAACGGUGAAAGGUGAAAAACUGUUGUAUUUUAGGACGUUGCUUUCUGCAGAAAGGUGGUGAAGUUCAGUGGUUCAUGUAGAGCAAACCUGCUGUAGAAGAUAGUUCAACAGUAGACACCAUGGCAGCAGUAGCAGUGGAACAAUUUACGGAUGUAAAAAUCGUGAAGGCCAAACCUGUGCGAAAGGUGUUCAAAGGAGCAACAAGAGUAAUCAACAAAAUUCCACAAUCUCUUCUUAAUGAUCCGGAGCUGAAUGGCGCAAUCAGUGUUUUACCUACUAACUAUAACUUCGAAAUUCACAAGACGAUCUGGCGCGUCCGGGAAAUGAAGGCUAAACGGGUCGCUCUGCAAAUGCCUGAAGGAUUGUUGAUGUUUUCACUAGUGAUCAGCGACAUAAUCGAGCGAUUUACCGAGGCGGACACGAUAGUCAUGGGCGACGUUACAUACGGGGCAUGUUGCGUUGAUGAUUAUACAGCCAAAGCCCUUGGAGCAGAUCUGUUAGUUCACUACGGUCACAGCUGCCUUAUUCCAGUGGACCAAACUGUCGGCAUCAAAGUAUUGUACGUUUUCGUGGACAUCAAAAUAGACGCACUGCACUUUAUUGAAAGUGUAAAGCUCAAUUUUCCCAAACAACGAAAGCUAGCGUUGGUCAGUACGAUUCAGUUCGUAGCCACACUUCAUGCAUCGGCGAAGGAAUUAAGAGACGCCGAAUAUGACGUACUCAUUCCCCAGAGCAAACCGUUGAGCCCGGGAGAGAUUCUUGGCUGCACGGCUCCUCGGUUAGCAGAUGAAAGGACUCUAAUCUACCUGGGCGAUGGACGGUUUCAUCUCGAAGCGGCGAUGAUUUCUAAUCCUUCUAUAGAGGCCUACAAAUAUGACCCAUACGAGAAGAAGUUUACCCGUGAGCAUUACGAUCACAUUGAGAUGCGAAGAAACAGGAAGAAGGCCAUCGAUGCCAGCAGGGGAGCAAAAAAAUUUGGACUUAUUUUGGGAACACUGGGACGGCAAGGAUCUACUAAGGUGAUGGAACACUUACAAAAAAGAUUAAAACAGCACAAUCGGCAGGCGGUUAUCAUUCUUUUGUCGGAGAUAUUUCCCACUAAACUGGAGCUAUUUAAAGACGUUGAUGCAUUUGUGCAGGUGGCAUGCCCGCGACUUUCCAUCGACUGGGGAACUGCAUUCCCGAAGCCGCUGCUGACACCGUAUGAGCUCUCUGUAGCGCUUGGUGACGCGGAGUGGAAAUUGACAGACGACAAUAAAAUCACCAAUGGACAAUCUCACACACAAAACGGCCAACCUAAAGUGGCAGAAGAAGUAUAUCCGAUGGAUUUCUAUGCCAACAAAAGCCUAGGCGAGUGGACACCCAAUCAUAAGCCGUUGGAUAUUUGUGAAAAUUCUCUAGACGGGGGAUGCUGCGGAAGGUGUACGGAAGAGAAAAACAAAGAAAAGAAGCAGUACUAGGUAUGGCUUUCUGGAAACUAUCUCAUGUGUGGAUAAAUAGAUGAAUGAAUGCAA